CACAUCCAGCCCCCCAAUGAGAGAGAUGGGAAAGCUUAGUUCUUCAGGGUCCGUCUGACGUGAAUGUAGCAACUAAUGAGAAAUGAUAACAUUUCUUUCCCUAGCAUUCGAAGUGGAGCAGUUGGGAGACCCUGGAAAAGGAGAUCUUACGCGACUUCGGGAUAAUAUUGUAAAUCAGAACAGCUGGCUGGCGGAUUCGGACACGGUUGUUCUCCAGUAUAGAUUUGAUCUUGUAGUUGUCUUUUUAACGUUGCUAGUUUAAUUAAUCUUCACAAACUAAGGAAAGUAAUCCGUUUCUGCGCUGUGUUUGGAUCAACAACUUCCUGGUUACAAUCGACUUUCAGAACAGCUGGAUCAAAAACGCUACACAGAUAGAGUAACGUUAAAAGCUAUUCGUCUUUUAAAAUGAAUAACAAUAAAAUUGAAAAAGAGAGCGAAUCAAGUGAAUUCACCAACCACGAAGAAGAGGUCCGGACCCUGUUUGUUAGUGGUUUGCCACUUGAUAUCAAACCCAGAGAGCUUUAUCUCUUAUUCAGACCAUUUAAGGGCUAUGAAGGCUCUCUAAUUAAACUCACCUCCAAACAGCCAGUAGGAUUUGUCAGUUUUGACAGCCGAUCAGAGGCGGAAGCUGCAAAGAAUGCUCUGAAUGGUGUGCGUUUUGACCCAGAGAUUCCCCAGACCCUGCGGCUGGAGUUUGCCAAGGCCAACACCAAGAUGGCCAAAAACAAGCUGGUGGGCACUCCCAACCCCCCUCCAUCCCAGCAGAGCCCUGGGCCUCAAUUCAUCAGUAGAGACCCCUAUGAGCUCACAGUCCCCGCACUUUACCCCAGUAGCCCCGACGUCUGGGCCCCAUACCCCCUGUACCCGGCGGAGUUGUCUCCUGCUCUGCCUCCCGCUUUCACCUACCCCUCUUCGCUGCACGCUCAGAUUCGCUGGAUCCCUCCUGCCGACAGCACUCCUCAGGGAUGGAAGUCCAGGCAGUUCUGCUGAAACCACUGUAUCUGAUGUGUGAUGGUGGCCACGUUUGGUCUUGAUUGUUGAUCUAACUUCUGAAGUCCAACCAGGAGGAUUCCCAGCCCAGUUGACUAAACUGUGGACUGCUGGCGACAACACCUCUGUGGGCCUCAGGACCUUCAAGACCUCAGCCUCGAUCACACAUCUUCCCAUCGCAGCAACUCUCU